CGGGCGGGGCCGCACGGAGCCGGAGCCGCAGCCGGAGCCGCCCGGCCCGGGUCCUGCGCUGGGCCCCUUCUGAUGGGAGGAUGGUUCUGCUCAGGCAGUUCAGGCUGCUGCUCUGGAAGAACUACAUCCUGCAGAAGAGGCAGAUCCUGGUGACGCUGAUCGAGGUGUGCCUGCCGCUGCUCUUCGCCGCCAUCCUGAUCGCGCUGCGGCACCGCGUGCACUCCGUCAGCCACCCCAACGCCACCCUCUACCCCAGCCAGUCUGUGGAUGAGCUGCCCAGCUUCUUCUCCUCCCAGCAUGCCAGCAACCCCUGGGAGCUGGCCUAUGUCCCCUCCAACAGCAGCGCCGUCCGGAGCAUCGCCGAGGCGGUGGAGAGAGCUCUGCCCAUCAACAUCAGAGCUCAGGGCUUCCCCUCGGAGCGGGACUUUGAGGAGUACGUCAGGCUGGACAACCGCUCGGGCAGCGUCCUGGCCGCCAUCGUGUUCCGGCACCGCUUCCCGCACAGCUCGGCCCCGCUGCCCCUCCAGGUGGAGUACGAGCUGCGCUUCAAGUACAGCCCCAGGAACGCCCCGCGGAGCGAGCAGACGGGGCUGAACCCCAACCUGGACCGGGACUGGCACACCAGUUACCUCUUCCCGCUCUUCCAGCUGCCCGGGCCCCGCGAGGCCAAGUUUGCUGAUGGGGGCACGCCAGGUUAUCUCCGGGAGGGGUUCCUGGCGGUGCAGCACGCCGUGGACAGGGCUAUCAUGCAGUACCACGGCGGUGCCAGCUCUGCCAGCCUGCUGGAGAACAUCACCGUGGUGGUGCAGCGCUUCCCCUUCCCAGCCUACGUCAACGACCUCUUCCUCCUGGCCAUCCAGAACCAGCUGCCCCUGCUGCUCAUGCUCAGCUUCACCUACACCUCGCUCAACAUCGUCCGUGCCGUCGUCCACGAGAAGGAGAAGAAGCUGAAGGAGUACAUGCACAUGAUGGGCCUCAGCAACUGGUUGCACUGGAGUGCCUGGUUCCUCAUGUUCUUCCUCUUCCUCCUGGUGUCCGUGUUCUUCGUCACCGUGCUCUUCUGUGUCAAGGUGAGCGAACAGGGAGCAGUGCUCACCAACAGUGACCCCACCCUGGUGUUCACCUUCCUCGCCAUCUUCUCCAUCUCCUCCAUCUCCUUCAACUUCAUGGUGAGCACCUUCUUCUCACGAGCAAACGUUGCAGCUGCUGCUGGUGGCUUCCUCUACUUCUUCUCCUACAUCCCCUACUUCUUCAUCUCGCCCCGCUACGACCUGAUGUCCCACAGCCAGAAGCUGGCCUCCUGCCUCAUCUCCAACGUGGCCAUGGCCAUGGGGGCGCAGCUCAUCGGCAUGUUUGAAGGGAAAGGGACUGGCAUCCAGUGGAGGGACCUCAUGAAGCCUGUCAGCGUGGAUGACAACUUCACCUUGGCCCAGGUGCUGGGGAUGCUGCUGCUGGACUCGGUGCUGUAUGGUGUGGUGGCCUGGUACGUGGAGGCUGUGUUCCCUGGGGAGUACGGUGUGCCACAGCCCUGGUACUUCUUCCUCACGCCCUCGUACUGGUGUGGGCGGCCCAGGACUGUUGUGGGGAAAGAGAAGGAGGAGGAGGAGGACCCUGAGAAAGCCCUGAAGAGUCAGUACAUUGAGGAGGAGCCAGCUGACCUCGUGUCAGGCAUCAAAAUAAAGCACCUGUCCAAGGUCUUCAAAGUGGGAAACAAGACAAAAGAGGCAGUGAAGGACUUGACAGUGAACAUGUACGAGGGGCAGAUCACUGUCCUGUUGGGACACAACGGUGCUGGGAAGACCACCACUCUGUCCAUGCUCACAGGUCUGCACUCCCCGACGGGCGGGCAGGCCUACAUCAACGGCUAUGAGAUCUCCCAGGACAUGGUGCUGAUCCGCCGCAGCCUGGGGCUGUGCCCCCAGCACGACGUCCUCUUUGACAACAUGACAGUGGAAGAGCACCUCCACUUCUAUGCAGGGCUGAAGGGAUACCCAGCCUCCAAGUGUCCUGAGGAGAUCACCCACAUCCUGAGGAUCCUGGGCCUGGAGGACAAGCGCCGCUCGCUGAGCAAGGCCCUGUCCGGGGGCAUGAAGCGCAAGCUGUCCAUCGGCAUCGCCCUCAUCGGGGACUCCAAGGUGGUGAUGCUGGAUGAGCCGACCUCGGGGAUGGACCCAGCCUCCCGCAGAGCCACGUGGGAUCUCCUGCAGCAGCAGAGGAGCAACAGGACCAUCCUGCUGACCACUCACUUCAUGGACGAGGCAGACCUGCUGGGGGACCGCAUAGCCAUCAUGGCCAAGGGCGAGCUGCAGUGCUGCGGCUCCUCACUCUUCCUCAAGCGCAAAUACGGGGCUGGGUAUCACAUGGUGAUGGUGAAGGAGCCCUACUGCAACUUGGGCGAGAUCUCCCGCCUCAUCUGCCAGUACGUGCCCAACGCCACCAUGGAGAGCAACGCCGGGGCAGAGCUGUCCUUCAUCCUGCCCAAGGAGAGCACCCACAGGUUUGAGGCCCUGUUCACGGAGCUGGAGCAGAGGCGGGAGGAGCUGGGCAUCGCCAGCUACGGUGCCUCGGUCACCACCAUGGAGGAGGUGUUCCUCAGGGUUGGGAAGCUCGUGGACUCCAGCAUGGAUAUCCAGGCCAUCCAGCUGCCUGCUCUGCAGUACCAGCACGAGAGGCGCUCCAACGACUGGGCCAUGGAUGACUCCAGCAGCCUGAGUGGCAUGACGGACAUGACGGACGACAGCGGGGCGCUCAUUACUGAGGACUGCUCCAGCAUCAAGCUCAACACCGGGUUCUACCUGUGCUGCCAGCAGUUCUACGCCAUGUUCAUGAAGCGGGCCAUGUACAGCUGGCGCAACUGGAAGAUGGUGGCGGCGCAGUUCCUCGUGCCUCUGAUCUUCACUGCCUUUGCCCUCAUCGUGGCCAAGACCUUCCCGGGCCCGCGGGACUCGUCCCAGCUGCGGUUGACGCUGGAGCCCUACGGCCAGACCAUCGUGCCUUUCUCGGUGUCGGGUGCCGCGGGGCUGCCGCAGAGGCUGGCGGAGCAGUACACGGAGCUGCUGGAUGCCCAGCAUCAGUCGCCGCUGGAGGUGCUGGGUGGGCUGGAGGAGUACCUCAUCUCCAGAGCCUCCGAGGAAGGAGGAGCCUUCAACGAGCACUACAUUGCAGCCGCCUCUUUCGAGGCCGCGGGGAACCGCACGCUGGUCACGGCGCUCUUCAACAACCAGGCCUACCACUCCCCGGCCACCGCCCUCAUGCUGGCUGACAGCGCCAUCCUCAGGGUGCUGGCAGGCCCCAACGCCUCCAUCACCGUCACCAACUACCCCCAGCCCCGCAACAUCACCGAGAAGGCCAAGGACCAGCUCAUGGAAGGCCAGACUGGCUUUGCCAUUGCUAUCAACCUGCUGUAUGGGAUGGCCUCUCUCGCCAGCACCUUCGCGCUGCUGCUGGUCAGCGAACGCGCCAUCAAGGCCAAGCACGUCCAGUUCGUCAGUGGUGUGUACGUGGUCAACUUCUGGCUUUCUGCCCUGCUCUGGGACAUCAUCAACUUCCUCAUCCCUUGUGCUCUGAUGUUGGUGAUAUUCCAAGCCUUCAACGUGCAAGCCUUCACCCAAGACAGCCACCUCGUUGACGUGAUGCUGAUCUUCCUCCUUUAUGGCUGGGCCAUCAUCCCCCUCAUGUACCUCCUCAGCUUCCUCUUCUCGGUGGCAGCCACGGCCUACACCCGUCUGACCAUCUUCAACAUCCUCUCCGGCACCGCCACCUUCCUCGCCGUCACCAUCAUGAGCAUCCCAGAACUGGGCUUGGUGGACCUCUCCAAAACCCUGGAUAAAGUUUUUCUCAUCUUACCCAAUUACUGCUUGGGCCAGUGCAUCAGUGACUUCUACCAGAACUACGAGUUCAUUCAGUUCUGCACCUCCUCUGUUGAAGCCAUCUUCAUCUGCAAGGCCUUCAAUAUCAGUUAUCAGAUGAACUACUUUUCCUGGGAGACCCCUGGGAUUGGGCGGUACCUGACCUCCUUGGCCAUCCAGGGUUUCUCCUUCCUCUUCCUCCUCUUCCUCAUUGAGACAAACCUUCUCUGGAGACUGAGAACUCUGGUCUGUGGCAUCUGCAGGCGGCGGAAAUGGGUGGCCCUGCUGAACAGGGUGUCUGUGCUGCCAGAGGACAGGGAUGUGGCAGAUGAGAGGAAGAAGGUUUUGGAGUCACCACCAGAACUGCUGUCGUCUCUCAGCAGCCCUCUGGUCAUCAAGGAGCUGACCAAGGUCUAUGACAGCCGGGAGUCCCUGCUGGCAGUGGACAGGAUCUCCUUGGCUGUCAGCAAAGGGGAGUGCUUUGGUCUCCUUGGCUUCAACGGAGCGGGCAAAACCACCACCUUCAAGAUGCUGACGGGUGACGAGAGCAUCACAUCGGGGGACGCCUUUGUGGAUGGCCACAGCAUUCUGGCCAACAUCAAGAAGGUGCAGCAGAGGAUCGGGUACUGCCCGCAGUUUGACGCCCUGCUGGAGCACAUGACGGGCCGCGAGACGCUGAGCAUGUACGCGCGCCUGCGCGGCAUCCCCGAGCGCUACAUCGGCAGCUGCGUGGAGAACAUGCUGCGGGGGCUGCUCCUGGAGCCGCACGCCGACAAGCUCGUCAGGACCUACAGCGGUGGGAACAAGCGGAAGCUGAGUGCUGGCAUUGCCCUCAUUGGUGGCCCCCCUGUGAUCUUCCUGGACGAGCCCUCCACUGGCAUGGACCCCGUGGCCCGGCGCUUGCUCUGGGACGCAGUGACACGGACGCGGGAGUGUGGCAAAUCCAUCAUCUUCACCUCCCACAGCAUGGAGGAGUGCGAGGCACUGUGCACACGACUGGCCAUCAUGGUGAAUGGGCAGUUCAAGUGCCUGGGCAGCCCCCAGCACCUCAAAAGCAAGUUUGGUAGUGGAUACACCUUGCUGGCCAAAACCCGGAGCGAGGAGGAGGGUGAGCUGCAGGCCUUCAAGGCCUUCGUGGAGAAGACUUUCCCAGGCAGUGUCCUGAAGCAUGAGCACCAGGGCAUGGUGCAUUACCACUUGACCAACAAGAACCUCAGCUGGGCACAGGUCUUUGGGGCCCUGGAGAAAGCCAAAGAGAAAUAUCGCUUGGAGGACUACUCGGUGAGCCAGAUCUCCCUGGAGCAGGUCUUCAUGAGCUUCACUCGCUUCCAGCACUACACAGAGGACAGAGGGAAAUGAGCCCCUGGUGCCCCGGCACGGACUGGCCCUCAGCCUAUACAUAGUAUAUAUAGAGACAGUAAUUUAUAUAUCGGCGUGUCUUAAAUACUGUAUCAAUGUAAACCUUCCCAGCGAGGGUGAGGGGAUGGCAGCUCCUGGCUGCCAGGCUCCGGGGUGCGUGGGUGUGCGUGUGUGUGCGCAUGUGACACUGCCACUCUCCAGCCUUCUUCAUCCAUACAGCAAAAAAACUCCACCCAAAACCCCGGGAGAGCCUGGAUGGGUGGAGAGGGGCGUUGGACUUGGGAUGGGGGAGGAGGAUCCCCUGUGCUCCCUCCUCCCUGCCCUCGCUCACACCCAGCGGGACGCGCCCGCGCUCCUCACCCGCAUGUCCCUGUGUUGUUUGGUGGUUGCUCGUGGUUUAGCAGGAGCCUGUCACAUAGCUCAGAUCCAAACCGUCCUUGGGGCAGCAGGAUGUGCUGGGAUCGC